AUGUGUGCAGACACGCUAGCGACUUGUAAUGUGGCAACAACGAUACACGGGCCGUCCGCCUUGCAGGUGUACCCCAAGCCCGCCGCGGACGCGCAGGCAAUCGCCCCCCAGUGCACCUGGGCGGAGACGAAGGAGUUUUUGUUUCUGACUGUUCAAGUUCAGUCCGCAGAGGAUCUGAAGGUCGACCUCCAGGAGUCUUCUCUCGAUUUCAAAUGCGUCUCUGAUAAGAAGGCUUUCGCUUUCCACCUCGACUUCCCUCACCCCAUCGUCGUCGAGGACUCGAAGUACAGCGUGCAGCGUAAUGUUCAGUUCAAGCUGGUGAAGAAGGAGAAAGAGCGCUGGAGGACGCUGACGCCGGGCAAGAAGCUGCACUGGCUCAAGUGCGACUGGGACAAGUGGGUCGACUCCGACGACGAGGACGCAAAGGGCAUGGAUAUGGGCGACUUCGACAUGAACUCGAUGGACUUCGGCGGCAUGGGGGGAAUGGGCGGCAUGGGAGGCAUGGGCGGUCUCGGGGGCCUCGGAGGCAUGGGCGGCCUCGGGGGCAUGGGCGGGAUGGACUUUGGCGCGAUGGACGGCAUGGACUCCGACGACGAGGACGACUUGCCCGACCUCGACGAGCCGAUGGAGGCUCACGACGACGGCGCGGAGGGCGAAGAGGAGGCGGUGCCGAAGCCAGCCGCUGAGGACGCGAAGGAAAACGGCGUCGCCGAGACUGCGGCGCAGGCCUAG